CUUCCGAGCGCUUGUGGCGGCGCCGGGCGAAACUACGCGUGAGGUUAGGGUGGGGAACGGACAGAGGUCGAUGCCCUCUUUGCGGUGCGGCGUUGCAGUCUCGCCGGAGAUCGUGAAGCCGCACUUGGUGACUAGCGAAGACACUGCCGAGGUCUCCACAGCUGCCGCGUGCAGGCACCUCAUCUGUAGCUUGCAAUCUGCAGGCAAUGAUGUAGGCUGCAUUUGUAUUUUAAAAAAUUGAACACUUCUUAGCCAAAUAAAUCUUUUUUGUAGCAUUCAAUGCCUAACAUUGCAGAAGAUGAAAGGGAGAAUAGUCCUGGAAAUAAUGAAAACAGACCUGGGCAAAAAUCUCCAGAAAUUACUCUUCAUGAUGCUGUGAAGCCAUAUUGCACUUCAGAUACCUCUACUACAUCCUUGGGUCCUAGCGGAGAUGGGCAUUAUCAAUGGGGAUGUCCUGUGACACACACUCGAGAGAAAUUUUAUACCAUCUGCUCAGACUUCGCUUUUUUAAACCAAGUAACAUCUGCUUGUAAAAGCCCAAGUGCUACAGUUAGUGCCUGUCUACCAGAUAGCGCUGCCUUAAAUGUUGGAAAUAGUACACCUGAUUUUAUUGGGAUUCAAACUGGUGCUUCAGAGAUAAUCUACAACGAAGAUGCUAAUUUGGAAAGUUUGUCUAGUAGUCUUGGAAAACUUCCACUGGCCUGGGAAAUUGAUAAAUCAGAGUUCAAUGGAGUGACCCCAGGUCUGAAAAACAAAGAAGGCAAUAUGAAGAAACAAGUAACCAAAAAAAAAUCCUCAGACAAAAAGACCAAGCAAAACAAGGAGUGUUCUCACUAUUCUACGUUUGAGGAAGUAAAGCAGCGGAAAGUGCUAGACCUCAGGAGAUGGUACUGUAUUAGCCGACCACAGUACAAGACUUCUUGUGGAAUUUCGUCUUUAGUAUCUUGCUGGAAUUUCUUAUACAGCACGCUGGGAGCUGGAAACCUGCCACCUAUUACUCAAGAAGAGGCUUUGCAUAUAUUGGGCUUUCAACCUCCAUUUGAGGAGAUUCGAUUUGGUCCCUUUACUGGAAAUACAACUUUAAUGAGAUGGUUUAGACAAAUUAAUGAUCACUUCCAUAUAAAAGGAUAUUCCUAUGUUCUAUAUAAACCUCAUGGGAAAAACAAGACAGCUGGAGAAACGGCCUCAGGGGCCUUGACAAAGUUAACACAUGGAUUGAAAGAAGAAUCGAUGGCCUACAUCUAUCAUUGCCAAAAUCAUUAUUUUUGUCCUAUUGGAUUUGAAGCCACCCCGGUAAAAGCUAGUAAAGCAUACAGGUUGCUGGACUUGGACUCGGGAGACCUGGGUUCAGUUCCAAGCUCAACCACAGACUUCCUGUGUGAUGUUAGAGGUCAUCUUUCACAGCAAGAAGUGGAAUAUUGGAUCUUAAUUGGAGAACCAAGUAGAAAACACCCUACCAUUCACUGUAAAAAGUGGGCAGAUAUUGUCACUGACCUAAACACUCAAAAUCCAGAAUACUUGGACAUUCGGCACCUGGAGAGGGGACUGCAGCAUCGAAAGACAAAGAAGGCAAGAGGAAAUCUUCAUUGCAUCAUUGCGUUUCAGAGACUUAACUGGCAAAGAUUUGGUCCUUGGAACUUUCAUUUUGGAAAUGCUAGACAAGACAGGCAAGGACAAGUAAUUGCCAAAUCCGAGAGUGAAGACAAUAUCUCCAAGAAACAGCACGGACGUCUGGGUAGAUCUUUCAGUGCUGGUUUCCAUCAGGAAUCUAUGUGGAAGAAGUCUAAUCUUCGUGACAGGAGGAACAGUGGAUAUCAGAGCUAUACAGAUUAUGAUGGGAAUGAUUAAAAUUAACUUUAGCAUAUCAGAUGUCUUGUUCUAAAGUUAAUUUUAAUCUAGACAUAGUAGGGGAUUUAUUAAUCCUAGAAUACAUAAGUAUAGAAAUCAUGGUACAAACGGCAGUCUCAUGAUUAUUUGAUGUAUAUGCUUGUAUUACAGUGGCGCUGGGUAAGAUGAGAUGUAAACUAAGAUAAGCACAGAUUAUUGUACUUUUAUAAUCAAAGUAAAUGUAAUAAGCAAAAUCAAUCAGUAAUUUUUUUUCAAGAAUUGUAUAUUUGGGACACUGAAAACAAAAGCAAAUUGGGGCACAGCAGUUUACAUAGAGACGUCUUUGAAAAGAACAUGUAAUACUCAAAGCAUGAGAUUUUUAUUUAAGAUUUUUCAAUAUGAUUAUUCUAUAUAUUCCUGGAGGGUAAAAAGUAAACAUUGCCAUCUUGUUUAACAUUUUUAUUUUAAGGUUGCCAUUGCCCAGGUAAAAAACUAUAAAGCUUUUCAGACUUAUGAAAUGAUCUCAGUCUAGUUCCCAGUGGAGCGUCAGCAUCACUUAAAAUAACCCUAGUUUGACACAAAGGUAAGAUAGGCUUGUAGUACUAGUAUUGUAUCAUUACUCCCAAGCAGUCUGCUUUGUGGGCUCCUUACUCCCAGUCUUUUUUUCAGAGCAUUACAUUUACUUCAUUUUAUAUGGGCUUUCUCAGUAAAAAUGAAGUUGGCUUGGACACUAACCAAAUAAGCCAAGUGCUUUUCUUUUGGCAAUUUUCUCUCCUUACAUUGCUUUUCAAAAUGUCUUUGCCACACUUUAAUUACAAAAAAGCCCGUGCUGUUGAAUGCUGAAAUGUAGCGUGGCAUGAGGCAGAAGUUGGUUCCUUAUUCCCAGCUCCUGGUUGCUUUUUCAAAGCUAACUGAUACCCAAUAAAAGCUUGUUAUUUAUAAUUA